UUGGACAGAUCGACGAUUCGACAAAAGACCUGAACCCACUUCGGGGAAUAUUAUAAGUGGUCCGGUCAGGUGCUUGAGUUUCACGAAAGCAGAUAUUAGUGCAAGAGUUUGGUACUUGGACAGUGCCUCCUCGCCAUUGCCUAGCUGCCGAUCCUCCAUUAUACAAGCUUUCAAGUAAGCAAUAUUCGAGUUCAAGGAACAGCUCGGCACUAUCGUCUUAUCCGGUGCUCAUCGCUGCAGCUGCCAGGUUCGUCUGGCGGGGGUGUCAUUGGUUGGAUGUGGGGAGGGUUUGCAACGGAGAAACAGUUUAUUCUUGACCGAUCGUCCAAUCACCCAAUCAGCAAAGCUCCCAAGUGGAUUCUGCACCCCCAAUCCCAUUCUGGGCCUCGUUCCCUUACCAUUCUCCAUACCCUCGCAUUCUCCCACUGUCCUGUUGCUUACUCCCGUCUCCCUACCACCCAGACCAGAACCAGGGGCAGCAGACCAGACCAAACCAGACCGGACGCCAGACGCCAGACGCACUGCACUUGCACUUGCACUGCACCGAUCCGAGCCUGGGGGUCGAUUCUUCCCUUUUUCUUCCUCCUCCCUGGGUUUCCUACCUUAGGUGUCUGUUACCCGCCAUUUCGACCCCUACUUCCUAUAAAACCAUUGCAUUGCUAUUACUGCAGUCUUUGCUUUUGGCGCCCACUGCGUGCGACUGUCGCUCGCUUCUUAUUUAUAUUAUUUCCUCCCUCGCCAAAAGAAACAUUAGAGGGAGCUACUGUAAGCAGCCCAGCUCCAGCUCCAGCUCCAACAGGGUUAACCUGGAGCUUUGGCUUCAGUGCUCAGUGCCUCAGUGCUGCAAGUUCUCAGCACCGCCAGUGCGCCCGUAGAGCUGCCCAACUUCGAAAUACCACCCACAAUUCAACGAGUGGGUCGACCAGCCGCGCGAACUUGAGGUGCGAGGCCCAGGACAGGGAAGGACAAGAGACGCAGCCCGUUCUCACUUUCACCCCCAAGACAGAGAGAGAGAGAGAGAGAGUCACACACACCACACACACACACACAACCACGCCAUCAUCUUGCGCCCAUCGCAUAAGCAGCACCAACUUCGCCAGUCAAAAACCUCACGAUCUACUCACCCACUACUUUGCAUUUUUCGCAUCCUAUCCAGCCAUACUUGCACUUUGAAUUGGCGCACAUCGCUCAACUGACGCGCUUCAACAUUGUCGCUCAACGGUCAAUCGCGUCCCACCGUUAGCACUCGAUUCCGUAGCGCGCUGAUCCUCCAGACCUUUCGCACGGCCUUGUCGUCUGCCGGACC